GGCUCGUGUUAAAUCGGGUUUUGCCCGCCUCGCGCGCGCGCGCAUCGAUUUUGGGGCCCGCUGCGCGUCCAAAGUCGUGCAGCAACGUCAUUUCGCAGAAACAAGCCCGCAAUUGCAGUCCUGCCGCUGCGCACGCCAUCGCCCAGCAGCCCAGCAGCACGACAAGGCAGAGCAGGCAGCAGCAGCUCCGCGGGAGCCAGCGCAAGGAGGGAUGGGCAAGAACCGCCGCUCCACCGUCUUCCUUUCAACGAAAGAAGAGGAAGAGAAGGAGCCCACGGCCUACUACCACGACCUCGAGGCGACGCACGACGAUAGGGACGAGGAGCGCCGCCGCCUCCGCCUCAAGCAGGGCAAGCUCUUACCGAGAGACCCCUGGGGCCCCGGCGAGUUCGUGUCGUCUUGCGCUCUACAAGAGCGUGCCACACCAAAGAGCUGGGCGGCGCCGCCGAACACACCGAAAGCACUGAAAAAAUUCUUCGACGAAGUUACUGAUGUGAAACGCUUCGGCGGCUCCUCCCACAAGCCCGACGCGAAGUUCGGCGAGACGCGGGAGGCGCACAACUUCUUCGUGGACUGGGAGUGCCGCGGCCACAAGUUUGCGUUCGACGCCGGCGUGAGUUUCCUCACGACUGUGGACAGAGGCUGCAUCUACCUCAUCUGCGGCGAGUUAGUAGGGGAAGAAGGUUUUGGCAGUAUCCGUAAUUUGUCGCGCCGGGCGCCGCAAGUCCUUUUUGACCGAGGCAUGGGCGAGUACGGCUGGGCGCAGGAACUUGAGGAGAAUGAGUGGGACGAAUUGCUCAGUCGCUUGGGUUUGGAGGACGUGGAACCGGCGGACUUCGUGGCUUGUUGUCUCCAGUGGAUCGGUUCGGAUAAUAUCGAUCAUUUCCGGUGGGGCCAUGCUCCGUGCUACGUGCAACCUGGGAGACUAGAUAGAUGUCCUUUGCCCGUGCUGGACGCGGCGCUGCGGCUGUGCGGCCGCGUUUCCGUGAGGAAAAGUUCCUCUGUGAGUCCUCUGACGCCCCUGAAGCCUCUUUGUAGACAUCUGGACGACGAGGGCAACGAUGUCGCGGAGCGGGCCGAUCCCGUUUCCGUCGAUAGUAAAGGCGCGCGAAGGUACGGGAAGGCCUGCGACACGCCGCCGCCCGCGCCCGCGACGCCCGCGACGCCCUCGGUGGCCGGCGGCAGCUUCGGCGUGUCGCUGCGACGAGGACGGAGAGCGAAGCCGCGCUUCUCCGCGAACCCUAGGAAAAUGGCCGUCGAGACCGCGACGCCCGUGCGCGGCUCCAUCACGCUCAAAGAUGGGACGAGAGCGCCGAAACCGGAUAUAGUGCCCGAGAGCGAACGGAACCCGGAGCCGACGCAGCCGAUCGACAUCAUGAAGAUGCCGGUCAAGGAUUUGCGGGCGGCGCUAGCCCAGCGAGGCCUCGAGACGAAGGGCCUGAAGAAGGUGCUGCAGAAGCGGCUGCUCGAUGCUCUGGGCGUGCCGGACGGGGCGUCGCUCGAAUUCAAAGGAUCAUAAGACAACAUUGUACGUU